AUGGGAACUGUUAGAGGUCGGAUUCCCGGCCAGCCCACCUCCUGCCCAGCCAGCCCACCUCCUGCCCAGCCACCCGCCUCUGUCAGCGGAGGCUUGGGAUUCCCGGCCAGCCCGCCUCCCGCCCAGCCACCCCCCUCUGUCAGUGGAGGCUUGGGAUUCCCGGCCAGCCCGCCUCCUGCCCGGCCAGCCCACCUCCUGCCCAGCCACCCGCCUCUGUCAGCGGAGGCUUGGGAUUCCCGGCCAGCCCACCUCCUGCCCGGCCAGCCCGCCUCCUGCCCGGCCAGCCCUCCUCCUGCCCAGCCACCCGCCUCUGUCAGCGGAGGCUUGGGAUUCCCGGCCAGCCCGCCUCCCGCCCAGCCACCCCCCUCUGUCAGUGGAGGCUUGGGAUUCCCGGCCAGCCCGCCUCCUGCCCGGCCAGCCCACCUCCUGCCCAGCCACCCGCCUCUGUCAGCGGAGGCUUGGGAUUCCCGGCCAGCCCACCUCCUGCCCGGCCAGCCCGCCUCCUGCCCGGCCAGCCCACCUCCUGCCCGGCCAGCCCGCCUCCUGCCCGGCCAGCCCUCCUCCUGCCCGGCCAGCCCGCCUCCCGCCCAGCCACCCCCCUCUGUCAGUGGAGGCUUGGGAUUCCCGGCCAGCCCGCCUCCUGCCCAGCCAGCCCACCUCCUGCCCGGCCAGCCCGCCUCCUGCCCGGCCAGCCCUCCUCCUGCCCGGCCAGCCCGCCUCCCGCCCAGCCACCCCCCUCUGUCAGCGGAGGCUUGGGAUUCCCGGCCAGCCCACCUCCUGCCCGGCCAGCCCACCUCCUGCCCGGCCAGCCCACCUCCUGCCCAGCCACCCGCCUCUGUCAGCGGAGGCUUGGGAUUCCCGGCCAGCCCACCUCCUGCCCGGCCAGCCCGCCUCCUGCCCGGCCAGCCCUCCUCCUGCCCGGCCAGCCCGCCUCCUGCCCGGCCAGCCCUCCUCCUGCCCGGCCAGCCCGCCUCCCGCCCAGCCACCCCCCUCUGUCAGCGGAGGCUUGGGAUUCCCGGCCAGCCCACCUCCUGCCCGGCCAGCCCACCUCCUGCCCGGCCAGCCCACCUCCUGCCCAGCCACCCGCCUCUGUCAGCGGAGGCUUGGGAUUCCCGGCCAGCCCGCCUCCUGCCCAGCCAGCCCACCUCCUGCCCAGCCACCCGCCUCUGUCAGCGGAGGCUUGGGAUUCCCGGCCAGCCCACCUCCUGCCCGGCCAGCCCGCCUCCUGCCCGGCCAGCCCGCCUCCUGCCCGGCCAGCCCUCCUCCUGCCCGGCCAGCCCGCCUCCCGCCCAGCCACCCCCCUCUGUCAGCGGAGGCUUGGGAUUCCCGGCCAGCCCACCUCCUGCCCGGCCAGCCCACCUCCUGCCCGGCCAGCCCACCUCCUGCCCGGCCAGCCCACCUCCUGCCCAGCCACCCGCCUCUGUCAGCGGAGGCUUGGGAUUCCUGGCCAGCCCACCUCCUGCCCGGCCAGCCCGCCUCCCGCCCAGCCACCCCACUCUGUCAGCGGAGGCUUGCACGUUGCUAUGGUGCUGA